AUGGCCAGCUCUAUCCGCUCUAUCAAGUCGCUUGUUCCCCUUCUCGACCGGGUUCUGGUCCAGCGCGUGAAGGCCGAGGCCAAGACCGCUAGCGGCAUCUUCCUGCCCGAGUCCAGCGUCAAGGACCUGAACGAGGCUCGCGUGCUGGCAGUCGGCCCGGGUGCGCUCGAUAAGGAAGGCAAGCGGACACCAAUGGGUGUCUCGGCCGGCGACAAGGUGUUGAUCCCCCAGUUCGGCGGCAGCCCGGUCAAAGUCGGCGAGGACGAGUACCACCUCUUCCGCGACAGCGACAUCCUGGCUAAGAUCAACGAGUAA